GGGAAAAGCGAGGGGGAAAGAGGGAAAAGAGCAGGGAGAGAGGUGGGCGAGGACGAGGGCGAGGGCACGGCUGGGCUCCUGGCCGGCCAAAGGAGGCUCGCGGAAGCAGCAGCCGCCGCCCGACCGCAGCUGGAUUUUGAAGAUCGAUCCAGGGGACUGUAUUAAUUUCAGGAAUUGAUUUGAAAGACACAGGCUCUGCCACUUAACAGCCAUGUAACCUUGGAUAUGGAGGAAAGCAGCAGUGUCGCCAUGUUGGUGCCAGGUAUCGGGAAACAGGAAGCUGUGUUGACUGCCAAAACUCUCAUCAGUUCAUCACUGGAAGUUGAUGAAAAAAGAAAAGCUAAAACAGAUCCGUUAAUCCAUGUUAUUCAGAAGUUAAGCAAGAUAGUGGAACAUGAAAAGUCACAAAAAUGUCUUUUAAUUGGCAAAAAACGGUCACGUUCAAGUGCUGCAACACACUCUCUUGAAAGUCAAGAAUCUUGUGAGAUACCAGCUAAAGUAACCCAGUCACCUGCUGCUGAUAAGAGAAGGGCUGAGAUGUCACAAAUACAUUUUACCCCUGACUCUCUUGCCCAGAUCGAUGGGAAGGCUAUGUCUUACCAGUGUAGCCUUUGUAAGUUUCUGUCAUCAUCUUUUUCUGUGUUAAAAGAUCAUAUCAAGCAGCACGGUCAGCAGAAUGAAGUGAUACUAAUGUGCGCAGAGUGCCAUAUUACAUCUAAAAGCCAAGAGGAGCUUGAAGCUCACGUGGUGAAUGACCACGAAAACGAUGCCAACAGUCACACUCAAUCCAAAGCCCAGCAGUGCGUAAGCCCCACCAGCUCUUUGUGUCAGAGGACCUCUGGAAGAAUUAAUGAAACCAUUCCUGACAUCCCAGUAAGUGUGGAUGGCCCACAGACUCAUACCCUCCAAACGGCAUCUGUGGCAGAAAUGGGUAGGAGGAAGUGGUAUGCCUAUGAACAGUAUGGCAUGUAUCGAUGCUUGUUUUGUAGUUACACUUGUGGCCAGCAGAGAAUGUUGAAAACACAUGCUUGGAAACAUGCUGGGGAGGUUGAUUGCUCCUAUCCAAUCUUUGAAAAUGAAAAUGAGCCCCUGGGUUUGCUGGAUUCUUCAGUGGCCGCUGCACCUGGUGGGGUCCACGCAGUAGUCAUUGCAAUUGGAGACAAUGAACUGAGUAUCCACAACGGGCCAUCAGUACAAGUGCAGAUUUGCAGCUCAGAACCAUUAUCAUCUUCGUCUCCUUUAGAACAGAGUGUGGAAGGGGCUGUUCAUCUAAGUCAGUCAGUUACCCUUGACCCUAAUGAGGAAGAAAUGCUGGAGGUGAUUUCGGAUGCAGAGGAGAACCUGGUUGCUGAUAGCCUACUUUCAUCGGCACAGAAAAUCAUUAGCAGUAGCCCACAUAAAAAAGGUCAUGUUAAUGUGAUAGUGGAGCGUCUUCCAAGUGCUGAAGAGACUCUUUCACAGAAACAUUUCCUCAUGAAUGCUGAAAUUGAAGAGGGGAAAAACCUGAGCCAGACAGAAGCCAAGAUUGGAUGUGAAGGAAGGGAUGAAGUCUAUCAUGCUGAUAAAUGCACUGUCGAUAUUGGGGGGCUGAUCAUAGGCUGGAGCAACGCAGAGAAGAAAGACAGUGAGUUAAUAAGUAAAGGACUGGCUACUGAUGAGAAUGCCCCACCAGGCCGAAGAAGGACAAAUUCUGAGUCUCUCAGACUACACUCAUUAGCUGCAGAAGCCCUGGUCACCAUGCCUAUAAGAGCUGCAGAGCUAACACGAGCCAACCUUGGGCACUACGGGAAUAUAAAGCUUUUAGAUCCAGACACUGGACAAAGGCAAGUAGAUGGUACGUUGGCAGCAUAUUCUAAAAUGAUGUCACCACUUAAAAACUCUUCAGAGGGAUUGACUGGUUUCAACCAAAGCAGCUCUACCUUAGUAGCACUCCCAGCGGGUAGGCAGGAAUUGUCAGAUGGGCAAGUUAAGACAGGCAUCAGCAUGUCCUUACUCACCGUGAUUGAAAAAUUAAGGGAAAGGACAGACCAAAAUGCUUCCGACGAUGACAUUUUGAAAGAGUUGCAGGAUAAUGCCCAGUGCCAACCCAGCAGUGAUACAAGCGUGUCCGGAAGCAGCGUCGUGGAGUACAUCCCAAAUGCUGACCGGCCCUACCGCUGCCGCCUCUGUCACUACACCAGCGGUAACAAGGGCUACAUCAAGCAGCACUUGCGAGUCCAUCGACAGAGACAGCCCUAUCAGUGUCCUAUCUGUGAGCACAUAGCUGACAACAGCAAAGACCUGGAGAGCCACAUGAUCAACCACUGUAAAACAAGGGUAUACCAGUGCAAGCAGUGUGAAGAAUCCUUCCAUUAUAAGAGUCAACUAAGGAACCAUGAGAGAGAGCAACACAGUCUUCCAGAUACCUUGUCAGUAGCAACUUCUGAUGAAUCAAGAAUUUCCAGUGAUAAAACUGAUGGAAAAUGUGUUCAGGAAGGGAAUAAGUCUUCGGUCCAGAAACAGUAUAGAUGUGAUGUAUGUGAUUAUACAAGUACAACGUACGUUGGUGUCAGAAACCACAGACGAAUCCAUAACUCUGAUAAGCCUUAUAGGGGCUGUGUUAGACUCUUAGACUGUGGUCACAAUAAAAAGGUAUCAUCCCAUCCUGAUGGUGGCCCAGAUUUCACAGAGGACAAAAAGAAAAAAGAAAAAAGAUGCUCUUUGUGUGGGUAUGUGUGCAGCCAUCCUCCUUCUUUGAAGUCUCAUAUGUGGAAGCAUGCCAGUGACCAAAAUUAUAACUAUGAACAAGUAAACAAGGCUAUUAAUGAUGCAAUUUCACAAAGUGGCAGAGUUCAGGGGAAAUCCUCCGGAAAGACUGUAUUAAACAGCAGUGAAGAAAGAGCCGAUUCUCUCACUGGAAGUUCAGAAAAUUUGGUGUCAUCCUCAGAGCUUAUUUCCCAGGCUCCCAGUGAAGUCGUAGGUACCAGCGAGAAUGAGAAACUAAACCCUACAAGUAAUACCUCACAUAGUUUAGAAAAAAACUCCAGUCUGGCCCCUCCUGGCGUGGAGUAUUGCGUUUUACUCUUCUGUUGUUGUAUUUGUGGUUUCGAGUCUACCAGCAAAGAAAAUCUUUUGGAUCAUAUGAAGGAGCAUGAGGGUGAAAUUGUAAACAUCAUCCUAAAUAAGGACCACAACACAAAUCUAAACACAAAUUAGGUGGAGUAGUUAUCUGAAGAGGAAAACAGCAGAAGAGGAAUCCUUUAAACCACAGUUUGCCCUUUGUGCUGUCCAAUAACUUACUAGGCACAGAAGAAAUAGUUGGUUUGAUUUUUGAAGAAAUCACAGAUGUGACUUUGGAACGAAAUUUGUAAUGUAGUAAAAGGAAUUCCAAAUGGAUAAGGGGUAAUAAUAUUUAAGCUUUUUGAGUGAGGAGAAGUGGGUUGAGGAGGCAGCAAAGAUGUACUCUUAUCAUAACCCUCUGUUACCUCUUAGUUUAAGUGUAUUUAUUAUUAAAAGCUUGUUAUAGUGUAGAAAUGCAAGCAAGAGUUAAGAAAGGGCUUUUCAGGAACUAUUCUAAAACUUACUGUUAUGAAAGCGUCACAAUCUUAAGCAGAGCUUAAUUUUCUUCAUUCUCAAUUUUGACAUGAAUGACAACCCUCUUGUGAGAAAUGGGAGGCACAUGUCUGAGGGAUUUUUGGUAUCAACAAAGGAAAGAAGAGAUCAUUACAGGGCUUUGAGAUGAUCAACCUAAAUCUUCAGCCAGAUUGAUAGGAACAAAUCAUAUACUCAAUCUGAGAUAUAUUACUUUACUCUUUAGAAAGAAAAAAGAAAGAAAAGAGACCUCUAAAUCCAAAUCUAGAUUGUAAAUAGGCGUUUACAAAGUAAAUUAUUGUCUUAAAUUUACAGUGAAUGUCUUGUGGGCAAAGGAGAAAAGAGGUGAAUUCCCACCAGCCUCAAACCAAAUCUCAAGGUUCAUAAAAAUGGUGACUGGUUGAGCACAGUGCACUUCUCAGAGGUUCUUUUCAGAGUGUUGAUGGAACACCCCAGCUUCUCAAUAGUUACAUAGGCCUUCUAAUCCACUCUUCUAAACUAGACCAAGCUUGUUGUCUAAAAACAACAAAGUAGGAAAAAUUGCAUUUGCUCAUCAGACCUUGGAAGUAGUUUGAACUGUUAAAUAAAAAUCAUUUGUGGGAAGAGGUAUGAAAUUCAAAAGCCCCUUAAAAUGAGUACUACUAUUGAGAUUUUACUUCCUGGAACUUUUUAUUUAGUUAUACUUAGCAUAAGAGACACAACCAAAUGUGGCUAAAAUGUAGUAAAAAUUCAGGUGGUUUAUAAAGCGUUUAAUAACAAACAAAAACUAUUUGGGUAUUUCCUAUCCAGGAAAUUGUAUUUUGUUGGUGUGCAAUAGGACACGUGGGAAGCCAACUAAAACUCGCCAUCAGAUAGAUGUAAUCUCAUUAAUUACACAUUUGUAUUACAGUGUAUUUCAAAGAGUGAAGAGAACAGGAUUUUUUGGUUUUGCUUUUGUCGUUCUGAUCACUUACGUAUGCAUUGUUCUGUUAAUGUCAGUUCUGCCUACAAGUCAAAAGGCGGCCGGUGCACCAUGCGGUGCACCGUCUUCAUGGUGCUCUUUCUGAACUUGACUCUAACAUCUCCUAGAGCUGAGGCUGUGACUCUCAUAAAGCUUAGAAAACAUUGAAAACAGAAUUUCUUGAAUAGGAUACUCUGUAGACACAUUUUAGGAAAGAAUUCUCUUCCCAAAGUCCAGGUAUGAAUUGAAUGAAUUAACAUUUUUAAGAUAGCAUUAGGAACUAUUUAAUUGGGGCCAGGUAACCUGAAAUACUGUCUGAUUUGCGUGUUUUUGUUUUGUUUGUUUUUUAUUUGCUUUUUAAAGUCUAAUUUGAUGAUGAUAUUUGAACAAACAGAGUUGAUUGUAACUUUGCAACUCUUUAAUUUACGUAGCUUUAGUUUAUUUGUGAAAGUCAAUCCAUUUCUGAUAGCUGGUUUUUAAAAGAGAAAAUGGAUUCAUAUAUACUAAACUAUAUUCCCCAAAUCCACAUGCAGUGGGUUUUCUCAUUUUCUCCUGUUUUCAGAAUUAA